UUAUGAGCCAAGAUGGAAAAAUAACGGCAGAAGCAGUCGACAUCUCUGCAUGAAUGAACAUGACUGUGUGUGGCUGACUGCAUUUGCAGCCUAAAACCUGAAUGGGGAUUUGAGGAAAACUACACUGAAUCACCCAGCUUCCUUCACAGGAUCAUCUGGACAGUGAACAACUUUAUAAUGGAUUCUUCCAAAUGUGAUGAUUCUGAAUUCUUCGAUAGAAUCCAUGGAAUUUUAAUGUAUAAAGAUUUUGCCAAAUAUUGGGAUGAUGUAGAAGCAUUCCAGGCAAGGCCAGAUGACAUUGUCAUUGCCACUUAUCCCAAAUCUGGCACAACCUGGGUGAGUGAAAUUGUAGACAUGAUAUUUAAAGAGGGUGAUGUGGAAAAGUGCAAAAAAGAUGUCAUUUUUAAUCGAAUACCUUUCCUGGAAUGCAGAACAAACGAGAUGAUGAAUGGAAUAAAACAAUUAAAAGAGAUGGCAUCUCCUAGAAUUGUGAAGACUCAUUUGUCAGUGAAGCUUCUUCCAGCCUCAUUUUGGGAAAAAAACUGUAAGAUGAUCUAUCUUUGCCGGAAUGCCAAGGAUGUGGCUGUUUCUUUUUAUUAUUUCUUUCGAAUGGUAGCUGGUCAUCCAGAUCCUGGAACUUUUACAGAGUUUGUGGAGAAAUUCAUGGAGGGACAAGUUCCUUAUGGUCCCUGGUAUGAACAUGCAAAAUCUUGGUGGGAAAUGAGAAAGAAUCCACACGUGCUAUUUCUUUUCUAUGAAGACAUGAAGGAGGACAUCAGAAGAGAGGUGAUAAAACUUAUACAAUUUCUAGGAAGGAAGCCUUCUGGGGAGCUUGUGGACAAGAUUGUACAACAUACUUCGUUCCAAGAGAUGAGAAACAACCCAUCCACCAAUUACACAACACUACCAGAUUACAUCAUGAACCAAAAAAUAUCCCCCUUCAUGAGAAAGGGAAUUGCAGGAGACUGGAAGAAUCACUUUACGGUAGCCCUGAAUGAGAAAUUUGAUAUGCACUAUGAGCAGCAAAUGAAGGGGUCUACACUGAAACUACGGACUGAGAUCUAAGACCCAGCACAAAUAAAGCCCCUGUUUUAUUACAAAGUCAUUAGCAUGUAAUUUUGUAAUAUAACAAUAUCGCAUUCAAGCACACCAUAUGAUAUUUUUGGUAAAAUGCUCAAAUUAAAACUGCAGAUCAUUACACACCUUACCAAACAUACUCAACCAGAGGUUACUUCUGCUGCACCCUGUAUUGGAGAUUAAACGUUUUCUUCUCAUUGUUUCUCAAUUUUUCUUGUUUUAGAUUGGUAGAGAAGAAGUCAUGUGAAAGAUUAUGGUCAGGUCCAUAUUAUUAUUGAGAUCUCAAUACAAAAAGAUGAAGGAUUUUUUCCUGAUAUUAUCUUUUUUAUUUUAUUUUGUUCUUUUUCUUCUCCUUUCUUUUUCUUCUUUUUACAAAUAUUACACAAAGCUGUAAUCUAUGGGAAUCUAUGGGAAUGCACAGAUAGUUUAAGUUAGAAGCUUAUUAAAAAUUAGCAAACAUUCCAACUUUUUAAUGCUAGUUUUUUCCAUUUCAUAGUACAUUUAGUAUAUGUAUAAACUUUGAAAAUCAUGGAAGAGAGAAUUAAAAAAAUAAAUAAAUUCAGGAGCAUAAUUAUACCUAUUAUUUUUGUCCUGAUUUUUUUCACUUUCUACAAAAUGAUUUACUUUGGAAUUUACCUUAAUCUAAUGUAAAUUUUGC